AUGUCACAUUGUUGUAUGAUUAGUCCGGUCUGGUCCGAUCGUGGCCCGGACCCCCACGCCCGAUGUUGGGAGUCGGGACAUGAAGAUUUUGGCUACAGACUGUGGUCGACUUUAUUUACCAGAAUUUCAACCUUGACUCCAAUGGCCACCUCAAUCAUGUCCUGCUGUCGACUUUUCACCCGAAGUGUACUACCUUCACAACGUCUUCCGAACCAGCUCAGAUGGAAUUCCUUCUCUCGUGCCACCGAAGCUGGUGUAUCGGCUGAUCGGUUUGGGCGCCUUGGGCCGAAUGGUGGCGUGCUUUUAUCCGAGGCUCAGGUGCAAGGACUCUUCGAUUACCCUGAGUUUAAACAUCCAUCCAGAGAAGUUUCUGCGUACAAGAAAUGGCGACUGGCGAUGAAUGAUACUGUAUCAUAUCCUGAACCCAGCCUAAGCAGUAGUCAUAUCCGCACCAUAAGGGCGUCAAACAAUCUUCACAUGAAACUGAACCUAUUUGCAUAUUGUGUUCGACAAGUAUGCCUUACAUCUCCUCUGCUUCGAGCUUCUAAAGCUGAGCACGCAGCGUGA